AGGGGGAAAAGUGCUCGGCGCCCGAGGCGAGGUCCGCACUCCUCGUUCGUCCCCGCGGCCGGCGCAGGACCUCACGCGAGCGCAGCGCCCACGGGGAGCGAGUCGCGGGGCGGCGGCGGCGGCGGCGGCGGCGGCGAGGAGGAGGCCAGAAGGGAUCGGAGGAGGUGGGGGAGGCCAGGGCGAGCGAGCCGAACGGGGUCCCGGCCGCCCCGCGGGCCAAGGUCGAGCCCUCCCGCCCGUGGGCGAGCGCGCCAGCCGACCCUCCAGAGAGCCGCCACCACAAAGAGAACGGGCCGGCGGCUGCUCCCAUGACUGUCUAAAGCUGUGCCGGCCCCCUGAGUUGUGCCCCGCGCCCCGUGCGUCCCCGCGCGCCCAACUCGCGCCCGCGCCCCGCCGGCAUGGACGUCCACACCCGCUGGAAAGCGCGCAGCCCGCUCCUCCCGGGCGCCCCGCUGCUGUCCCCGCCGUUGCUGCUCCUGCUGCUGCUGCUGUGGGCGCCGCCUCCGAGCCGCGCAGCUCAGCCAGCAGAUCUCCUGAAGGUUCUAGAUUUUCACAGCCUGCCUGAUGGAAUAACCAAGACUACAGGCUUUUGUGCAGCACGGCGAUCUUCCAAAGGCCCGGAUGUUGCUUACAGGGUCACAAAAGAUGCCCAACUCAGUGCACCCACCAAGCAGCUGUACCCUGUGUCUGCAUUUCCCGAGGACUUCUCCAUUCUAACCACUGUGAAAGCCAAGAAAGGCAACCAGGCCUUCCUGGUCUCCAUCUACAAUGAGCAGGGCAUCCAGCAGAUUGGCCUGGAGAUGGGCCGCUCUCCGGUCUUCCUCUAUGAGGACCACACAGGGAAACCGGGGCCGGAGGACUAUCCCCUCUUCAGAGGCAUCAACCUGUCAGAUGGCAAGUGGCACAGAAUCGCUCUCAGCGUCCACAAGAAGAAUGUCACCUUGAUCCUGGACUGUAAAAAGAAGAUGACCACCUUCCUGGACCGCAGCAAUCACCCCGUGAUAGACGUUAACGGCAUCAUUGUCUUUGGCACCCGAAUUCUGGACGAGGAGGUGUUUGAGGGAGACAUCCAGCAGCUGCUCUUCGUCUCGGACCACCGGGCAGCUUACGAUUACUGCGAACACUACAGCCCUGACUGUGACAGUGCGGUCCCUGACCAGCCCCAGUCUCAGGACCCCAAUCCAGAUGAAUACUACCCUGAAGGAGAGGGUGAAGGAGACACCUAUUACUACGAGUACCCCUACUACGAGGACACGGACGACGUGGGCAAGGAGACCACCCCCACCAAGACACCAGUGGAAGCUGCUCGAGAGACCACGGAGGUGGCUGAGGAGCUGACCCAGCCCCCCACGGAAGCCCCUCCAGUGCCCGGCACCAGCGAGGGGGCCGGGAGGGAGGAGGACCCCGGCAUCGGGGACUACGACUACGUGCCCAGCGAGGACUACUACACCCCACCCCCUUACGAGGACCUCAACUACGGCGAAGGCAUCGAGAACCCCGACGAGAACCCCGACCUGUCCCCCGACCUGGGCGCCCGGGCCGAAGUUCCCACUAGCACGGUGCUCACCUCCAAUGCCUCUAACCCGGAUCUGCCUCCGGAGGGGGGGAUGGACGACUUGGAGGGAGAGUUCACAGAAGAAACCAUCAAGAACCUGGACGAGAACUACUACGACCCUUACUAUGACCCUACCAUCUCCCCGUCGGAGAUCGGGCCGGGCAUGCCCGCCAACCAGGACACCAUCUACGAAGGGAUCGGACCACGGGGCGAGAAAGGUCAAAAGGGAGAACCUGCCAUCGUCGAACCAGGCAUGCUCCUGGAGGGGCCACCUGGCCCCGAAGGCCCCGCGGGUCUCCCAGGACCUCCAGGAACGAUGGGUCCCACUGGCCAAGUGGGUGACCCAGGAGAAAGGGGUCCCCCUGGACGCCCAGGCCUUCCUGGGGCUGACGGGCUGCCCGGCCCUCCUGGAACCAUGCUCAUGCUGCCCUUCCGGUUCGGAGGGGGUGGCGAUGCAGGCUCCAAAGGACCCAUGGUCUCAGCCCAGGAGUCCCAAGCUCAAGCCAUCCUCCAGCAGGCCCGGCUGGCGUUGAGGGGGCCGGCUGGCCCGAUGGGUCUUACUGGGAGACCCGGCCCCAUGGGCCCUCCCGGGAGCGGAGGUCUGAAGGGCGAGCCGGGAGACAUGGGGCCUCAGGGUCCCCGGGGUUUGCAGGGCCCACCUGGCCCGUCAGGAAAGCCUGGAAGAAGGGGGCGAGCUGGUAGUGACGGAGCAAGAGGGAUGCCUGGACAGACUGGCCCCAAGGGUGACCGCGGCUUCGAUGGCCUGGCUGGGCUGCCGGGAGAGAAGGGCCACCGGGGCGACCCUGGUCCGUCCGGCCCUCCGGGACCUCCAGGGGAAGACGGAGAAAGGGGUGAUGAUGGAGAAGUUGGGCCCAGAGGGCUGCCUGGGGAGCCUGGGCCUCGUGGUCUGCUGGGGCCGAAGGGGCCCCCAGGCCCUCCUGGACCUCCUGGUGUGACGGGAAUGGAUGGCCAACCAGGCCCAAAAGGCAAUGUGGGUCCCCAGGGAGAGCCCGGCCCCCCGGGACAACAGGGUAAUCCAGGCGCCCAGGGUCUUCCAGGCCCCCAGGGUGCAAUCGGACCUCCAGGAGAAAAGGGCCCCCUGGGUAAACCAGGCCUCCCAGGAAUGCCCGGCGCUGAUGGACCCCCGGGGCACCCUGGCAAAGAAGGCCCUCCGGGAGAGAAGGGAGGCCAGGGUCCGCCCGGCCCCCAGGGCCCCAUCGGCUACCCAGGCCCUCGUGGAGUCAAGGGGGCAGACGGCAUCCGAGGUCUGAAGGGCACCAAGGGUGAGAAGGGUGAAGACGGCUUUCCGGGCUUCAAAGGAGACAUGGGCAUCAAGGGAGAUCGGGGGGAGAUCGGCCCACCUGGUCCCAGAGGGGAGGACGGUCCUGAAGGCCCCAAAGGUCGUGGAGGUCCGAAUGGCGACCCGGGUCCUCUGGGACCCCCUGGGGAGAAGGGAAAACUCGGAGUCCCAGGAUUGCCCGGCUACCCAGGAAGACAAGGGCCAAAGGGUUCUAUCGGAUUUCCUGGAUUUCCUGGCGCCAACGGAGAGAAGGGUGGCCGGGGCACACCUGGGAAGCCGGGACCACGGGGGCAACGAGGCCCAACGGGUCCACGGGGUGAAAGAGGCCCCCGAGGCAUCACUGGAAAGCCUGGCCCCAAGGGUAACUCUGGAGGCGAUGGCCCGGCCGGCCCUCCGGGUGAACGGGGACCCAACGGACCCCAAGGACCCACGGGGUUCCCUGGACCAAAGGGUCCCCCGGGGCCCCCGGGCAAGGAUGGUCUCCCGGGACACCCUGGGCAGAGAGGAGAGACGGGUUUCCAAGGCAAGACCGGCCCUCCUGGCCCCCCGGGUGUGGUCGGCCCUCAGGGUCCCACGGGAGAAACUGGUCCCAUGGGUGAGCGUGGCCACCCUGGGCCCCCGGGCCCCCCUGGUGAACAAGGGCUCCCGGGCCUGGCCGGAAAAGAAGGGACGAAGGGUGACCCAGGCCCCGCCGGCCUUCCUGGAAAAGAUGGCCCCCCAGGGCUACGUGGCUUUCCCGGGGACCGAGGGCUUCCUGGUCCAGUGGGGGCGCUUGGACUGAAAGGCAGUGAAGGACCCCCAGGCCCUCCAGGCCCCGCGGGAUCUCCAGGGGAGAGAGGUCCGGCCGGUGCUGCUGGGCCCAUCGGAAUUCCAGGGAGACCUGGGCCCCAGGGACCUCCCGGGCCGGCUGGGGAGAAAGGAGCUCCUGGCGAGAAAGGUCCACAAGGCCCAGCUGGCCGAGAUGGUCUACAGGGUCCCGUGGGGCUCCCUGGUCCAGCUGGCCCUGUGGGUCCCCCUGGAGAAGAUGGAGAUAAGGGGGAGAUCGGGGAACCGGGACAGAAGGGGAGCAAGGGAGACAAAGGCGAACAGGGUCCACCUGGGCCUACAGGACCUCAAGGCCCCAUUGGACAGCCAGGCCCCUCUGGAGCUGACGGCGAGCCAGGUCCUCGUGGCCAGCAGGGCCUCUUUGGGCAGAAAGGUGAUGAAGGUCCAAGAGGUUUUCCCGGGCCCCCGGGACCCGUGGGGCUGCAGGGUCUGCCGGGACCUCCAGGAGAGAAGGGCGAGACGGGAGAUGUGGGUCAGAUGGGUCCCCCAGGUCCCCCCGGCCCCCGAGGACCCUCCGGAGCUCCAGGUGCUGACGGGCCGCAAGGCCCCCCAGGUGGAAUAGGCAAUCCUGGUGCAGUGGGAGAGAAGGGUGAGCCCGGCGAAGCUGGAGAGCCUGGCCUUCCCGGCGAAGGGGGCCCCCCGGGACCCAAAGGCGAAAGGGGAGAGAAGGGUGAGUCGGGCCCUUCUGGUGCUGCUGGACCCCCUGGACCCAAGGGCCCUCCCGGAGAUGACGGUCCCAAAGGCAGCCCCGGCCCGGUCGGUUUUCCCGGAGAUCCCGGUCCCCCCGGAGAGCCUGGCCCCGCGGGUCAAGACGGUCCCCCUGGUGACAAAGGAGAUGACGGUGAAUCUGGACAAACGGGAUCCCCGGGCCCUACUGGUGAACCAGGUCCAUCUGGGCCUCCGGGAAAAAGGGGUCCGCCUGGCCCCAUAGGUCCCGAAGGCAGGCAGGGAGAGAAAGGAGCUAAGGGAGAAGCCGGCUUGGAAGGCCCUCCUGGGAAGACUGGCCCCAUUGGCCCCCAGGGGGCCCCUGGGAAGCCCGGGCCCGAUGGCCUGCGAGGGAUCCCUGGCCCUGUGGGUGAACAAGGUCUCCCAGGAGCCCCAGGCCCCGAUGGCCCCCCCGGCCCCAUGGGUCCCCCAGGACUCCCUGGCCUCAAAGGAGACUCUGGACCCAAAGGGGAAAAGGGACAUCCAGGCUUGAUCGGGCUCAUCGGACCUCCGGGCGAACAGGGAGAAAAGGGUGACCGCGGUCUCCCCGGCCCCCAGGGCUCCUCUGGCCCUAAGGGAGAACAGGGUAUCACUGGUCCUUCGGGCCCGAUUGGCCCCCCGGGCCCCCCUGGCUUGCCGGGCCCUCCUGGUCCAAAAGGUGCUAAGGGAUCCUCAGGUCCAACUGGCCCGAAGGGUGAAGCAGGCCAGCCAGGACCCCCUGGUCUGCCGGGCCCCCCAGGCGAGGUCAUCCAGCCCCUGCCGAUCCAGGCGUCCAGGACGCGGCGGAACAUCGACGCCAGCCAGCUGAUGGACGACGGGGAGGGCGAGCAGUACAUGGACUACGCGGACGGCAUGGAGGAGAUCUUCGGCUCCCUCAACUCCCUGAAGCUGGAGAUCGAGCAGAUGAAGCGGCCCCUGGGCACGCAGCAGAACCCCGCGCGCACCUGCAAAGACCUUCAACUCUGCCACCCUGACUUCCCCGACGGUGAAUACUGGGUGGAUCCGAACCAAGGCUGCUCCAGGGACUCCUUCAAAGUCUACUGCAACUUCACAGCCGGGGGGUCGACGUGCGUCUUCCCCGACAAGAAGUCCGAGGGGGCCAGAAUCACUUCUUGGCCCAAAGAAAACCCGGGUUCCUGGUUCAGUGAAUUCAAGCGUGGCAAACUGCUCUCCUACGUGGACACUGAGGGCAACCCCGUGGGCGUGGUCCAGAUGACCUUCCUGCGGCUGCUCAGCGCCUCCGCCCACCAAAACAUCACCUAUAACUGCUACCAGUCGGUCGCCUGGCAGGACGCCGCCACGGGCAGCUACGACAAGGCCAUGCGCUUCCUGGGCUCCAACGACGAGGAGAUGUCCUACGAUAACAGCCCCUACAUUCACGCCCUGGUGGACGGCUGUGCUACAAAGAAAGGGUAUCAGAAGACCGUUCUGGAAAUCGACACCCCCAAGGUGGAGCAAGUGCCCAUUGUGGACAUCAUGUUCAACGACUUUGGUGAAGCGUCACAGAAAUUCGGAUUUGAAGUGGGGCCGGCUUGCUUCCUGGGCUAGGAGCCGCGAGCCUGGCCCCAAGAGCAACCUCGUGACCUCAGCGCACCGCCCGUGGGUGUCCUGGACGGUGAAGGCCCCUCGUCCCUCCCCACCACGCCGGGCCCACUCCACACCCAGAGAGAGCAAAGGGAAAGAGCCGAGUCCCCGCCCCGGAGACGAAUCACAUGACCUAGAUGCCCCGCAGCCGCCCGCUGCCUCCAGCUCCGUUCCGUCUACACCACGCUCCCCAGGGAAGGGAACGGGGCCCACGCGUCUUGCCCCCGAGCCCGUGGAUCUCGUGCACGGAGAGUCCACAGGGGCCCGGGUGUGGCUGCAGUAUUUGGAGAUCAUGUUUUGUUUUUUGGGUUUUUUUGGAAAACAUUCAACUUGAAGAUGUGUACUUCCCCUGACCUUCAAAAAUUGUUCCGAGGUAAGCCUUGUAAAGGUCACCUCACCCUCCAGAGCCUCUGUUUUUAACAAGAUCCAUUCACAGGCCAAAUGUCAUCCUGCAUGUGCCUUUCCGAUGGAUUAAAGGUGCUUUUGUUUUUGUGAGUUUUAAGUAAAUAUUUGUAUUGUAUUGUCAUAAAUGUUCAGUGUCCCUGACUUUCAAUCGUGCCUGUAAACCCCGCUUCGGUCCCAUUGGGAGAAUUGAAAAAACAGGUGGGGUGUCCAUUGUGGGAUGCAGUCCACACCCCUGCCUGCUCAAGGACGUGUGAGAAAUGAGAAGUUUGCCAAGGGCAGCAAGAAUUCACCCCACCAUUUAAAAAGCAGGUGCCAGUGCCCCUUUCAGACAAGUCUUUGAUUAGCUCUGGGUUUUAUUUUUUAACAGGGAGAAAAAGAAAAAAGGAUUUUAUACUUUGCCUUCUCCACAUGCGCUUAGAUGAAAACGCAGGCUUAAAUUAAUUUUAAUUGCUUCCUUUUUCCAUGUUUCUUCCUACAGAGCCUGAUGGGAGGAUGUCCAGGGCAGGGAAACCACAUUUUCUGUAGAUGAUAAUUAAAUGAAAAUUGGUGCUUAUUUUUACAUUUCUCUUUCGUGGUGCUAUCUGUUAAGAUCUCCUUGAAGGCGACACGGGGGGUAGCUGCCGUGCCUCGUUCUCCCAUCUUUCUCCAUCCUGGCUAUUGCCUCCACCAUCUGGGUUUUUGCCAAGGACAUUAAGGUAAAUGCGGGUCACCUUCCCUGCCAUGGCCCCGUUCUCCUCCCAGACAGCAGUGAAGCCGCCCCAGGCCGGGUACCAAUCUUAGCCUGUGCAUCUGUGAUCUGAAAACACACACACACACACACACACACACACACACACACACACAACACAUGGUCACUUUCUGCAUGGUCCACGGUGUAACGAUGGCAGAUUGCAUUCUGUUGCCGAAUGUUUGUGGUGCUAAUUUCUGCGUUUGUUGCAAGAACUGAAUUGAAGCAGCACGUGGCCUCUCAGCUGGGCUGCCUUUGGUGCAGCCCCAGCAGACAGACAAAUGUGCAGUGAACUCUGUGAGUCCCUCCGGGGUUGCCCGCGGUGCCUUUUCCCCGUGAAAGUGAUUUGGAUUUCCAUCUGCAAAUGUGCUGGGUGCGGAUCUCAGCCGCGCGGGUGCUUGGGACCGGCCAGGUUCCAUCUGCUCCUGGUCCUCCUCCCUGAGCGAGGGUGAGGACUGGCAGGGCCAGCAAGGAAAGGCGAUCCCUUUACUGUGAAAAGCUGCCCUUGUGCAAUGCCCUUUCCUUCCACAAUGGGAGAAGCGAGACAGGCCCCAGGGCCCUGUGCAGCCUCCUCGGGAGGAGCUGUGACAGGUCCCGGCUCCGGUGCUGUUCUCCGCCCACUCCGCCUCAUUGGACCGUGGUUCCAGCUUAGGAAACCACUGCGGAGCAACCCAAGAGUCACAGCACACCACCCACGAGGAUUUCCUGAAUCCCCUGGAAAUUGAGUCUUACUCUUGCCAAAGAAAAGCCUGGCUUCGAGAUUCUUCCGAACCCAGGAUGCCAGCAUCUGCCAGCGACCCUUUCCUUCAUCUCAUCAAAAGAAAAGCCAUAUCGGAGCGUUGCCGUAGGGCGCCCUGUGGGUUUUGUCUAGGUCAUGUGAUUCCAUUUUGAUUUCUCAUCCUGCCCGAGUUCUCCUUUUAUUCUGUCGAUCUUUUCCUCCAUUGGACCCUUCAAAGCUGUUGUAAUUUGUACUGAAGUCAAAAUGUGUCCCGUUUUCCCCAGACCACUUAGCUAUGGUAUAUUGCAAUAAAAUUACUUCUUAUAUUUGCAGAAA